AUGAAGGUUCAGCAAGAAGCCGUUAAUGUACUAGAACGUACAUCCGCCUAUUUGAAGUCUGGUAUUUUGAAGAAGACUCCAGCUUGGUACAAUGUUAUAGCGAAGGUACCACCAACAAAGAAGUUUGCUAGAACCCCACAACUGACACAUCCUAUGAACGGUAAAUCUAGAACUGCACUACCUGAUUACAGCAAUUGGAAGGCCAAUUCUUCAGGAUUAUACAAAACUAGACCAAAUUCUUUGGAAAAGAAAGAUGGUGCAUCGAAGCUAUAUCAGUCCCCAAAAUUAGUAUAUAUCGAGGAUAAAUUGAGAAAAUUGUUCUUCCAGCAACAUCCAUGGGAACUUUCAAGACCUAAGAUUCUUGUUGAGAAUACCCUAGAGACUCAAGAAUAUGACUGGUCUCAUAUCCAACAACUAGGCAAGCCAUUGGAUGGCGAAUCAGUUGUACAAAGGACGCUUUUCCUAUUAAAAUCAGGAGAGAAAAAAGAACUCAUUGAUGCAUAUGAUCAAGCUAGAUUCGAGUUCUACCGUCUAAGAAUACAACAAGAAAUUCAAGAUCAAGUUGCUCAAGAAGAAGCCGAAAUGUUCGGUUCAGUCUUCCAUACCACUUCAAUAGAAUACGGAAUUGCUAAGGAACAAAAGGUCAUUGACACAUGGAAGAGAAAGGCCUUACAGCAAGCUGAGUUGAUGGCUGCCAGAGCAAGUAGUCCUUCUGCUUCCUGGACAAACGAGACCGAAGAAGAACAAAAACCUAUUGAUCAAGAUGUUGAGGAAAUUCAACUAUGA